AUUUGGUCCUAUUGGUGCUCUGCACGCUCUACUUGCAAACCACCGCGCAGCGUUUCGACUUUUUACGACGCCUACGACAAAAGAAAAUGGACAGAUUUUGGGCUCAGUUCAUUGGGCAACGCACCAUUGAUGAUCUGCAUGAAGCAGAGAAAGGCAAUGUACUCACUACUGAUUUGGAUAAAAUGCGUAAUUUCUUCGUUAUUAUGCGUCGCUUUUCCAUGCAGCGCACAGACAUGGACGCGUUGUUUGAGAAGAAUCGCGCAGAGGGCAAAAUGCAACGCGUCGUACCGUUGGAUCAACCCUUCCCUUGCGAUCUCAGCUAUGCCCGCUCCACAUUCCCACCCACUUCGGUUCAUCAGCUGCGACCGGGCGACAUCGAUGUGAUUGCCUGCAUUGGGGAUUCACUUUCAGCCGGUAAUGGCAUUAUGUCGGAUCGUGUGUUGCACAUUUUAAAUGAAUUCCGCGCAUUCUCCUUCUCUGGCGGCGGUUAUGGCGAUUGGCGCACAUAUCUAACGUUACCCAAUAUAUUGAAAGUAUUCAAUCCAAACCUCUAUGGCUAUUCCACCGAAAAUGAAUUGACUGUGGACAGCACAUCGCGCUUAAAUAUUGCCGAACCGAUGAUCAUGUCACGCGAUCUGCCAUAUCAAGCGCGUGUACUUAUCGAUCGCAUGCGGCACGAUCCCAAUGUUGAUGUGGAGAACCACUGGAAGCUACUAACCAUCUUUGUCGGCAACAAUGAUAUUUGCUCCGACAUGUGCCACCAUAAAAAUAUGACCGAUUUUGUACAUCGUCAUGAAAUGGAUAUGCGCCGUGCGCUAACUUUACUGCGUGACAAUUUGCCGCGAAUGCUUGUUAAUCUAGUGCCAGUACCCAAUAUGGUCAUCACGCUCUAUCCAAUGCGCAAUGUACCGCUUCGUUGCCUCGCUGUUCAUCAUCUUGGCUGUCAUUGCAUUUUCAGCCAUUCCAUUGGGGAGCGGGAGUUACAACAGGCCUACGAUCACAUCACACGUUGGCAUGAAGUGGAUCAGUAUGUUGCUCAGUUGCCGGAGUUCCAAACAAAUGAGUUUGCUGUGAUCUAUCAUCCCUUCACGGCGCAUGUUGUCUCGCCGAGUCUCGAGAAUGGUGAUACAGAUUUGCGCUACUUUGCGAGCGAUUGUUUUCACUUCAGUCAGCUUGGACAUGCGGCCAUGUCAAAUUCACUGUGGAAUAGCAUGAUGCAGCCGAUGGGACAAAAGCUGCGCGACAUGGUGCCAGCAUUCAGCAAUUUUGAGUGUCCCAGCGAACAGCGGCCGUUUAUAGCAACGCUCGGCAAUAGCAGGCAGAGGAAUUAG